CUUCCGGCAGGGGGCGGAAACUAAUGGACGCUUUCCUACGUUAGCAUAAUAUAGCAAAGGUACGGACGCCCAAGCUGCGGUAAUGUGAAGCGCCGCCGCAAUGAGAUAACAUGGAUAAAGUCACGAAUGAGUCUUCAACGGCUGACGAAGAAGAAAGUUCGGACCCCAAAAUUAUUUGUUUAAGGAGAGUCGGGAGAAAUUCUGACUGGCUUCGCUUGUUUGAAAACACAGAGGUUACUAUUGGCCGUGGCUUAGAUGUGACCUAUCAGCUUCUGUCGCCUAACUGCCCUUUAAUGAUAUCCAGGCUGCACUGUAUUUUCUCCCAAAAAGAAGAUGGACACUGGACAGUCACAGACAACAAGAGUAUCAACGGUGUGUGGGUGAAUGGCUGCCGCAUACCCAUCCAAGAAGCCCACCCCCUUAACCUCGGCGACUCCAUACAACUUGGCGUUCCUGUCAUCGGGUCCAAAGUGGAGUAUGACUACACGCUUGUGCAGCGGCCGCUCAGAGAAAUUAGGCACAACUUGGCAAAGAGCGAGCAAGAGGGCGCAAAGGUCAAGAAACCGAAGAGGAAGUUGACACAGGCCGAAGUGGAGCCAUCCACUUCAAAGUCCAAACGGUACCGCUGCUCGUCCGCAGACAAGCCCUUGGCUCAGUCGUGCCCGCAGCCUUCGGUCAAGCCUGAGCCGCAGGGGAAGGAAGAAACCAAAGUGACCUGCAGUGCCCCAGGUGUCAUAGACGACUUAGAAAUGUAUAGCCAGAACAUCUUGAUGUUGAGGGAGCAGGUGGAUAACACCCAACGGCAGGUCGCCACACUGGAGGGUGGGCCCCAUUCCAGUGACCCGCACAAGAGGGAGCGCGUCAAAGAACUGCAAGGGCAGCUGAAGACGUUCUGUGCCAAGAUGCAACACAUGGAGACUUUAGAGCGGUCCUUCAGUGCAACUAAGCGGCAGAUAGAGUAUUUAAAGGUUCAGAAAACACAGCAGGUAGAGGACCUGAUGGAAAAAAAGUUGGAAGAAGCCUUGCAGGAGCAAAAGAAAGUAAUAGAUGAACUCGCCCACUCUCGGAAAAGCUUCGAGGAGAUAAUCCUGGCCAAGGACAAAGAGCUUGAGGUCACAAAGGAGGAGAAGGAAAAGGCGAGAGCCCAGAAGGAGGAAGUUGUCACUCAAGUGACCGAGGUCUUGGAAAACGAGCUUCAGUGCAUCAUUUGCUCUGAGCUCUUCGUUGAGGCAGUUAUCCUGAACUGUGCUCACAGCUUCUGCUCUCACUGCAUCAAGCAGUGGUGCAAGAAGAAAAACGAGUGUCCCAUCUGCCGACAAGCCAUCAAGUCUCAAACCCGAUGUCUGGCGCUGGACAACUGCAUCGAUAGCAUGGUGGAAAACCUGGGCGUGGACUUUAAGGCCAGGCGCAAGAUACUUCUCUCUGAGAGGAAAGCCGCUGACUCCGCUAACAGGAUUGUGAUUCAAGAUGAGGACGGCAGUAGUGAAGACUCAGUGAACGCCAACCGCAGGCCCUCUCAAAGAAGUUAAAGUAUUUUUUAUUCAAACUCCCCUACUUUUCUGCAAAAGACUUUAAGGAGAAAUCGUUUUGUUUGUUCCAUACCUCCAGGAUGUCCCUGGGACCGUUAGAAGUUAGCCUGUAUUGUCUUUGUUUUGUAAAAAAAAAUUAAAUUAAAGUUUUUC